GAAAUAUGGAUGACACCGACGAGAGCAUGGACGACGACGACAUGAUGGACAAGAUCUCGAGUUCACCCUCGAUUGAAGAUGGUGGGUACACUUCGAUUAUGCCUCCGCAAUCAUGGCCGCGUAGAGUCGACUCUCUACCGGCCAUGAGAGAUCACGCCUCCCCCGUUUCCCCUUCGUUCAGCGAGGCAAGGUCCUCUUCUCCUUAUACCGAGUCCCUUGAAUACCUUCCAGCACACCUCUCUUGGCAGCAUAGCAAGGCAUCUGCCAAUACAUCAACCCAUCAUCAUCUUCGCGGUGAGUAUACCGAAUAGGAUCGCAAUACGACCGACGACGAUCGAUUCGACGAGGAACAGUACACCGACGAAUACUACGACGACGAACAAUACGGCGAUGAAUGCUAUGACGAGCGUAACUGGCAAGACGAAAACCACAACAGUCACACAACGAAGUUUGAUCUCCAAAACGUUGCACAGCAUGGGCCGAUUGUGGUUCGUCCGCUUCGCUUGCGUAAAGCUGGAGAACCAGACUACGACGACUUCGCGCAGCGGCGUGCAGAGAUGGAGAAGGCAGAAAGAGACGAGGCAGCUGGUGGACUCGACGAUGACGGCAUCCCUCUUACGAUCCCAUACGAACCCUCUAUUGAUGAUGAAGAUGAUGAUGACGGCGAUGUUUCUCUUGUUGAUGAUUCUAGAUUUAUUGCCUGUGGCUGGGGCAACGAGUGCUUACACGAAGCAGAGGACAUCGAUUUCGAAUUCGUCUACGCGUUACACACCUUUGUUGCGACCGUCGAGGGCCAAGCAAACGCCAC